CUUAUGCUUUGUUGAAAAACAGGAAGAAAACAAAAUGGGAAGUGUGAUGUGGCAAACGUGUUGCAUUGUAGGAAAACAAGCCGUCAUGAUAUGUGCAAAUCAUAUUUGUUUGGAAGUUUUAUUUUGUCUGAUGAUGACUGUAUGGAAUGCAGGGGCAAUCGAAAAUGAUACUGAACCCGAGAAUUCAUUACAUAAAACGAUUAGAAAGCUUACAGAAGUAUGGAACAGUUCCUGCACUUCAGACCUCCUAAACACCAACAGAUCUGAUAAUGUUUCUGCAGAGGUUGAAAAAAUACGGUGCCUGAAUGGAAUGGAACCUGUGUCUGAAAGUAAAAUUUGCCUAUUUUGGAACAUUUCGGUCGUUGUGGAUGGAAAAGAAUGCAAUGUUUUUUCAAGGGCUAAUUGUCAUCUGGAUGAGGAAAUCAAAAAAAUGCUCAUAAACACGACAAAAAGCUCAUCCACUGGUGUAAGUGAUAGCGUCGAUAAUGAAGGUAGGGAUGUUGCUACUGCUGAAGAAAACUACAGUUUCCGAAAAACAAAAGGACAUAAAAGCCAUAAAAGUCCAAUAAAUCGAGGUAUUUUGGUGUUGACACAUUUAAUUGCAGUAGCGAUUGGAGCCGGACUCUUAUAUUGUGUUUUGUUCGUGAAAAAAGUUAAACGCAAAUUGAAAAAUAUAGGUAAAAUAAGAGAAGAAAGAAACAGAGAAACCAACUGUGCAUAUAUCUCUCACAGCUUACAAAAAGGAUCGACCGGAAGCACGUCGUCUCCAUGUCUAAUACCUGACGAGGACGUUUAUUGUGAAGUAGCAGAUAAAGUGCAACACGAUUCCUCUCAGUUUGUUAACUUUUCGUACUCAGUGGCUGACAAUUCUGUCUUAGGGGACCGAAAAAAUACCAGACUCCCAGACAUUCCACAACAAACAAUGAAAGAUGACAACCAAUACCUGACUCCUAUAAGUAGAUCUCUUCCACACGAGUAUCUUGACUCAUCGGGAAUGGCUAUAAAGGAGAAGGAUGAAAACGAAACCUGGUCAGAAGAUGGUACAAUCCAGGAAUCCGAAGUUUUGAGUAAUAUCGACAGCUUGAAUGAUUCACUUGAUACAGAGACAAUCGAUAAUUAUUUUGUUCUUGAGAAAAGCACUGACAUGGAUCUCAAGUAAAAUCGACAUUUGUCUCAGAUCAUUCUGGAA